GAUUUGCUGAGAUGGACUGAAAUUGUACACCUGGUUAUUUUCUGUUUGUUCUCAGCUGUCUCCUGCUUGCGUGCUGUGUCUCUUAAUCUCUUUAUUUAUUUUUUCUCUCGUGCUCUUUUUUCAGAGCCAACAGUAAACUUAACUUUCCUCCCUUUCCCUCUGAAUAUGCUUCUCUUUAUGGCUCUUGUUGUGCUUAUCAAUCAUGUAAUUUAAGGAACUACUCCUGUCUUUUCUAUUGGUACUUCUCUUUUAACCAUUUCCCAGUAUGCAUUUUCUGUGUUUUGAAGCACUGGGCAUUGUACCUACUUCCUGGAUUUUGUAUUUUUCUGUUGUCCUCUCAUUCACCUCCCUCCAUUUCAAACUGUGUGUUUUAGUUGAAAAGCCUGGAUUUAAAGUUUCUCAGUUGUCGCUGUACUUAAGAUUUAAAUAUGAUGCUUAACAAACUCUUAACACCAGAGGUGUUUCAAAGAGGUGAUGCAUUUUUCACAAAAACUAAUUCACAAGUUCUUAAAUGUUAUGUGGGAAUAAGGUUAUUACAAAGCAAUACACCAGUGCCCUCUGGUGCUUCAAAGAAACACUGGCAAAGGAAGAAAAGAAAGAAAGAAAACACUGGUAAAGCAUGUUGAUGGUGGGCGACCAUGGAGGGAUCCAAUAGAAUGAGUGUGAGAGAGCUUUGCGAGACGGAUGAUUUGGCAACGAGUCUGGUGCUGGAUCCCUUACUGGGGUUCAGCACCCACAAGAUGAACAUAAGUCCUCCCCCAGAGAUUCGGCGAUGGGGCUACCUCAGAGAGACGCUGCUGCGUUUCAAACGCACACAUGACUUUCAGGCUACAUUUGAUGCUCUGUUGGAUGGAGAAUGGGUCAGUGACUAUUUCACUGGACUGGGUGCACAUCGACAAGAGCUGUUGAAGCAGCAUAUGUAUCGUUACAUAAAAGCAUUUCUGUUGGACAGUGGAGUGAAUAUUGAGCCAUGCAACCGCUAUUCUUCAGAAACAAAUGGAGCCAAAAUCACAUCCACACGACAAUGGAGUGUCGGAGAGCAGGUGGAGGUACUUCAGGGUUGCAUAGCUGAGCUAAGCCCUGAAGACAGUGCAGUGCUGAGAGCAGGAGUCAAUGACUUCAGUGUCAUGUACUCAACACGCAAAAGAUGUGCUCAGCUUUGGUUGGGGCCUGCUGCUUUCAUCAAUCAUGACUGCAGACCCAACUGUAAGUUUGUCCCUGGAGAUAAGAAUGGAGCUUGUGUGAAAGUGGUUCGACCCAUCUCACCAGGGGAAGAGAUUACCUGUUACUAUGGGGACAGCUUUUUUGGGGAGAAUAAUGAAAUGUGUGAAUGUUGCACGUGUGAGAGGAGAGGAGAAGGGUCUUUUAAGAAAAGAGACAAGUCGCCAGACUCGGUUUGCUCCAGCGAUGCUGUGGGACAGAAAUACGAGUUUAGAGAGACUGAUUUGAGACUUAACCGAAACCGGGGAAAUGGCACUCCAAAGCCACUUCUCACUUUAACAAACUCUGCUUUGCCAAUGAGGAAUACUUUAUCCCAUCGGACGAAGAGGAACGCCCUUGUUUUGAGCAGGAUGAGAAAGACUGAUAGGAGGAGGAGGGAGGAGCUUUGCAAACAGGUGGAAAAAAGAACACAAAACCUCCCAUUAUCUUUGUCUCAUCUUGGACUUAAAGAGCUAAGAGUUUGCCUUCAUCAGCACACGGCAGAAUUUCUGUUAAGCUGUAAAGACCCUACAAGCAAUGAAAGGGCCCAGCUAUACCUAAUUGAAAAUGAGAGACCAAAACCAGGGAGCAUAACAACGAAAAAUGAAUUGAUUUCUCAGCCCACCAGUAAUGCUAACCAAGAUGGACCACAGGACCUAAAGGAUCAAGACAUGUUAAAGAAAGACCCCGUUUUUAGGUUUAAACCUUUUACUCUUGGAUGUGUUUCCAGUGUCCGUGAAAAAGAUGACAUGAAAGCCAAGGGACGUAACGUUGAUGCAUCAUCCGUCAAAAUUGUCCACCAGAAGGCCAUUGCCUCAAGGACCAGGAAUAUGCUUUGUAGUCGUCGGAGAGGUUUCAGAGCAAGGAGUCGUUCUGCGAUCUCCCGGUUCAAUAAAAGGAGGACCCAACUGAUCAAGCAGAAUUCUAAUCAUACAGCAGAGAGAAACGCUGGCCUUCAGACACAGGGAAGGCUUAAAAAAGGAAUUGAAGUUGACAUCAAUAAUCCUGAUUUAAUCUCUACACGUAAACCAAGGACUGCUAAAUAUAUACCUAUUGGUGAAGAAACAACUAAUGGUAAUAAAUCAUCACAAACAGAGUGCAUGGUAAUUAGAGAGACACAGCAGAGGUUCUUGACAGAUUGUCUCAGGGAGGUGGCUGGCGGCAGGGGACAUUCACACGCUUCCAGUGCAACUAAGCAAGGUGAUGACAGUUCCUGUGUAGCUUCAACGACCUCAGGGGAUAACAAGCAAAACCAAUGGCCCUCUGUUGCUUUUAGCACUGUAAACAUACCCUCCUCGUCUUCAUCUUUUCAUAAUUCUGUCUCUCUCCACUCAGGGUUAAAUCGUUACCUCAAAGUCAGUCUGGUCAGGGUAGCUGUCCCUGGAGAGAGAAACAAAGUUGAAAGUACAGGUCAGAGGCAGGCAGACAGUGGAAAAGAUGAGGGUACUACACGAGCAGCAGUACAGGGGAGAAAAGAAACCAAUAAACCAGGUAAGAAAGGGGUAAAGGAAAUGUAUUUCACACCAGUAAAUGUAAAGAGUGCAGAUAAGUACUUAAAAGUAACAUGUGAUUUAAUACAAUCUGCUUCAGAUACUUGCACCGAUUCUAGCGAAAAGGCAGUUAAAGUACAAACUGUAGAGAAAGAACUUGCAGAUGUGUGUGAUAAAAGUCACCACAAUGAGCAUGAAAUUAAAGCUAACCAAAGUAGGGAUUGUAAUGUUGAGGUCACUGUUCCAGAAAAUCCAAAAGAUUCUAUAAAGCAAAACUUUAAGAAUGGUUUAAAGAAACGAAGAAGAGCAUCAAAGUGCUCUAAGAAGCAAAGUGCUGAGAGCUUACCUGAGGUACAAGAUAAAGAAGGCAGUGCCAAGCAGAAGGAAGAGGUAAUUGCUGAGAGAAAAGAUUUAGAUAAGAAGGAAUUAAUAGUGCAUUUUGGAAGCAAGACCAUAGUCAUAAAAGAGGCGAAGGUGCUGCUGUCGGAUUUUAGUAAGAGUCAGAGUGAAAAGUUGUGUCAGCUAGAUAAGAAUGCUAAUGAUCACAUUGAUAAAGUAGAUAAUGUGAAAAAACCAUCACUUGCUAAAAAUUUGAAUUUGGAUAAAAGUGAUGCACUCAGUACAAGAAAUGAACACCAUAAUCAGGAACUCGCUCUAGCGGAUCAGCCAAAUAUAAAUAUAGCCGCUCCAGUGGCUGAAAUGCAACAGUCAGAGAAGACGUCGCUUUCCUCUGAGCCUCCCUCUGUAGGCAAGGUGUCUCUGGAUCACAGUCCCCAGAGCAGCAUUCCCCUAAAGAAGCGUGCUUUUCGUGAAUCACUUGAUACAGAGCCAGAUCAGGAUGUUAAUGCUCCUGCAGCAACACCGUUGUGUACAGAUGUAAGUGAUGACAAAGAACCCAGGCUGGACAAUCUGCUACACAAGCCAAGCGACAACAGCAGUGAUGAGACGACACACCUGAAAGUUCCAAAAUCUGAAUCAGGUUCAACUCCUAAAGACAAUAUCGGUGUUGGUUCAAAAAAUCGUGGGUCCUCCAAAGCUCCAUCUAAACAGUGCUGCAAAGGUCAUCAGAGUGCUCAGGCUGAAAAAGUGCAAAGCAAAGGCACAGUCUCCGAAUCCAGGGAUAGCAUAACCAAUGUAUCUGUUGAAGAGAGAAAAAGUGAACCUAAGAAUAAGAAACCUAAAAUUAAACUAGAACCAGUGGAAUGCCAGAAGAUCGAAAGAAGUGAGAACAAAAAUGAUUUCUUAAAUGGUGAGGAAAUUAUGGAAAACAAAAGCGAUAUGAUAAAGAAUGAUAUAGAAAGUGGAAUUCCAAAUGAGUCUUCUACCUCAAGUGUUUCUGACAAGAUUGAGGAAGAGCAGAAGCAAAACCUCAGAAUCUGUCUGAAGAGAAAAGAGGGAAAGGAAUGGGAAAUGAAGAUUGCGGAUGAAGAUGGCAGUAUUCUGGGGAAAUCAAGCCCACAGCAAUGUUUGACUGUAGAUGACCCUUUUAGGGCCAUUUUGGAUUCAGUCUCCAUUUUAAAUGCAGAGAUGGAAAGGAUUCGUGGUCAUGGGGAGGCAGAUAAGGGUGUAGAUUUGAAGAAGGCCACAAAAGCAGUCCAAGAUGUUAUAGAACAUUGCAGAAAAAAAUGUGUAACUAAGCAAAGGAAAAGGCAAACAAGUGGUCCGAUGUUGUGCACCAACAAGCCAGAAGUGAGCCCACCGAAAAAUAUAGUUCAAGAUGUAGGCGAUGUUCAAGAUGUACAAAUACAACCAAAUCUUUCUGCUCUUAAAGUUGAGGAGGACAUUGAGAUUAAACCAUUACCUCCAAUAAGAUUGCGCAGGAGGGCUGAAGAUAAAUGGGAGGUAGAGUGGAAAGAAGCUCAGAAACAAGAUGGGAAUAUGGUUUCUGUGCACAUGGAACCAAAGAAAUUAACAUCUGUCUCUUCUAAAAUGCCAAUACUUGAACAGAUGCCACAUAGCAAAAUUAAAGAGGAAUAUCUUUCUCCCUGCAAGAAAGCGAUGGUGGUGCAUAGUAGUGACAAGAAUACAGAGGCCCUCAAACAUCCACUCGGUUUUGAGAAUUCACCUCUACCAUUAUCCCUUUCAUCUUUGUCACUUAACUCACCCUGCUGUGAGGGGCUGACGGAUGCCAGUUCUAUCAGAGGCAGUAUUCAAGCGAAAGAGAAUAUUAGAGAGCAGACCGUUUCAGACAAUAUCGACAGAAAUUAUGGAGUUUGUAGGACUGAGACUAGAGAAAGGAAUGAGUUUUGCUUGAGUAACAAUCUGCUUCAGAUUAACAACAGUCUGUCAAGACUACAGGCUUUACAGAGCCAGCCACAGGUAUCUGAGAGAGAUGUGGCUAUUAAUCCCAAUAUAAGCACUUCUGAGAAUCCGUCUCCUUCCAUCUCCCCCUUUUCCACAGAGUGCAGCUUUAGUAACUAUACAGAAGAUGAACUUGACUUUCCUUGUUUGAAUCUUGAAAGCUAUGAUCAAAUGCAGACACAAAACAGUUUAUUAGAUUACUGUCCUGGUGAAACGCAUAACACGGGGUCUUUCGGAAGCCCCUUCCCUCAAAGUCCCACUGAUGCAUGGGAUCCGGCCACCCCUUACCUAGGAUCACCAAGCCCAGUGAGUAACUUUAGUAACGAUGAAGAUCUAAGUUUCCCAGAUCUUGUCUUUGCUCAAUCUGAUACAUCAUCAUCUAGCAGUGGUGCUAAUCUGCUCUUCAAAGAUAAAUUAUGUAAUACAGCCAUGAGUUCUGAUCCUGUCUCUGAGAAUGGUCUAUACUUGUCCGAUGGCAAGUUGUCAAAAAGUCCAGCAGUUCACCAGGAACAGGAAGACUCCGCAACACAGUUUCUCAGCAAAGACUGGGUUACGUUCAAUAAUACUGCUACACAUUCUAGACAGUCUGCACACGCAACUGCACGUUUUCAUCCUCAGGAUAAAAAGUUGAACAUUUUUGAUUCUAUUGUUAGCACAAAGACUCUGUCAGCUGAAUCAAGCUCUGCCAAAAUGCAACCUAAAGACAAAACUCAUGAAACACUCAGCUCACACAGCUCAAAUAAUAAGUCGCAGUCUUUUAAUCUGGGCCAAUCAAUGCAAAGCCUGUCUGGUGCUGGACGUCAGAGUAACCUUGUCACGCCCUUUCAUUCCCUUCAUGCAGGAAAUAAGUCCACCACACAUGCGGAGUUCCUAGGGGCAUUCAACUCCGGUAAUGCAUUUUUCCGUGAUAAAAAACUUCCUUUUUUUCAGAACCCCAGAAAUGUUUUGAAAAGCGAGGGAGGUCAGAAUGCUUUUAAAAGUUCUCUGGCUGCAGGCAGCCCCAAAUCUACUAACAACAUGGAUAAAAGCUUUGCUUGUUCCCCAGGACCCUCAAGCUCUCACAGUGGAAAAGAUUCUGCAGCUAGAUGUCCUAAUGCUGGAUUUCUGAAAUCACCUGAAAGUCGACAGAGUAGCUCCAAGAACAUCCCAUCGAAACAGCAAUCUGCCGCUCCUUGUCAGCAGAAUGUUCCAAUUUACCCUGUUUAUUUUGUUAGCUCCAGCAAAACCACGGCAAAUGCUUUCAAGAACAUUACAGAUAUAAAGCCCCAAAUCCCAAGGAACGAUAAAGAUCCUUCCUUACCGUCAACGUCUUUGUUUUCCUCUACCCAAAAUUCGCAGUGUUACAAGAUGCCACAAAGAAAAAUCCCAAAUUUGGAGAAACCUCAUGCUGUUGUGGCUCCCACUCAAAACGCCCAACUCUCUGGAAUGACUAAUUCUCAGCCUAAUAAGAAUGGGAUGUAUCAGGAUGUUUCCCACUGUGAUAAUUCUUCUGGGUUCAACUUCAGCUCUUCCAUGUCACCUCCUUUAUCACAGCACAUCAGUCCUCAACUAGGAUACAGAGAAUCAACCCAUGAGGUCCCAGUGAUUAAAACUCAGUCAACCACCUUUGAACACAGUCAACCUUCUCAUCAGUCUUAUGUUGUAAACUUCACUGGAGAUCACUCUGUUACUUUGGGAUAUAGCAGUGAUGGCGAAUGCUUGAAUUCAGGACCUGCAAAUUACACUUACCAUUGUCUCAUGGAGCCUUCGGGAACCCAAGGGAGACUGGUUGUAGAAGCAUGUGGUCCUUCAAACUUCUCACCUUCUCCCUCUAUGGAUAGGUGUACAGGGCCAAAAGUCCAAGGAGGCCAGAUUGGUAAAGAUCCACAGCAGCAGGGCCAGCCGGGAACUAAUUCUCUGCACUUCUCCACCUCACACUCGCAAAGCACCCCCAUAACGGAUCGCAAGCCGAAGAGACUAAGGCUUGUGGUCACGGAUGGUACUGUAGAUCUGGACCUACAAUAUACUGAUUGAUAAUGACCAUUUGUUGUUGCAAUGACAAAUUUCUGAGAUAUUUAUUUGAAACAACUUUAAUGUGAUAAGUUGUGUUUAUUAAACAUGUUUGGCUUUAUGUAAAAUGUCAUGGUUCUAGCAUCAACAUAAGAUUGAUGUUUUUCUUGAAAUAUUUAAAAUCACUAUUUUAUUAGCAUACUUGAUUAAUUAUUUGUAUUUUACAUACAAUGUAGUUUAUUUAAUACAUUAUAGAGCAUAAUAUUUCCAUACAUGUUUUUUGUAAGUAUUACAAAAGAGAAAAAUAGAUAUUCUGUUUAUCCUGUAGUACGUAAAACUUUCCACAUGAUGGUGAUGUGCUUCUCCACAAUGUGGAAAUUGUCUCUAUUCCCUCCAAGCUUUUUUAGUUCAAAGUUAGCUCGCUGAAUUGCAAUCAAUGAGUAUAAAACUUGUCAACAAAGGUUAAAGCACACAUGGCAACCUGUGCUUUAGUGAAUUUUAAUGAAGGACAUGUGAAUUUUUGCUUUUAUUCUGUCAAACUGAAUAAGGAUAUGCAAUGAAGUUAUCAGCAGUUAUCACGUGUCCAAUGUUUGGCAAAAGUGGAUUUUAGCUACAUUAAAUACACAUGCUUUGGUAACAAUCAAAAAUUUAUUAAUUGUUCCCUUCUGUGAUGUUAUUCAAAUUGCAACUUAGUUCUUACAAAUGUCACACUUUGCAAGCACAUUAUUAGAGCACAAUUCUGUUUUGGACUUUGUAUCCAUAUUUACCAUCAAACGGUUUAUGUCCGCUUUACAUUUAUUGGUUUUUGUAUCAUUUAUGUACAGGUAUUACUAUGGUACAUUUGGACACACAUGCAUAAUUAGUUACCACUUGUGUUACUCUAGAGAGAUGUUUUGUGCCCCUUGGAGCCGAUCAGGUUGAUCAGACUUUCUUCUGCUAGAAUUCUAUAACCAUACAUUAAUGUACAGUAGCUCUGUAGGUCACAGCGACCCAAAAUCAGUCAUCCCUCUCUGACCUAUCGUUGUUUGUUUUUAUUCCAGUUUUUAUGAGCGAAAGAAGUCGUUUGUUUGUUUUCCAUAAGUUUAAAUAGUUGCUGGCAUGUAAAAUGUACAAAAAGCCAGUAUGUUGUAUUUAUUUCAAUAUUUUCUUAACAUGGUGCUUUAAUAUAACUUUUAGGGUUUUUUCUUUCGAUUGAACUGAACACAAUGUAUUUUACUCAGUUUUUAAUACUUGCAACUAAAUGUCCAAUAUGUCUCUUGACAAACUCUGGUCUUGUAUAACCAUCUUGUUUGCUACUUAGGAAAUUGUAAUUGUUUCACUGUAAAAUUGUAAAAAUUUGAAAAUAUUGCAAGUAAAAUAAUUAAAAAGAAAAG